AUGCGUGUCCUCCUGCUUCUGGCAUUGAGCACUUUAGCUGCUUUAGGUUCCUCAGCGCCUGACAUUUCCGGCCUAAACUGGCCAGCAAAUAGAGCAUUGCCGCUGUUCCCGGAUGCUGCAAAAGAAAUUGAAUACGCCAAGCUCACGGCACUAUCCGGCGAGGAGCAGAUUCUCCUUGUUUCUCUGCAGGGGCUGGUGAACCGGCGCCAACCACGCUUAUACCUUUACUGGUCACCAGACUCUUCGAACUCCGACGAUGAAGUCAACGAAGCUUGGCUGCGGCAAAUCGAAGGUCAAGGAUUCAAAAGUGCCGACGUGACAAGUGACCCCUUUCGACUGGUCGACAAGUACAAAUCUGACAUUCGCGGGGCCAUCGUCUAUGACACGAAACUACCAGACACGAUCAAUCUCGCCUCGACACUGGCGGGCCUCUAUGGAGCCGUGAUAGCAAGCGAAGAGCUGGCGCGCCGCCUCAACCUAUCCAUCAUUGAGGAUUUGAGAGGGCGCUUCAAGGAUAAAUACGAGUUGUACGAGUACGCAGCCCGGAGCGUGUGGCCCAAAGUCACGGAUCGUCUCAUCACAGCGAUCAAACCUAUCUCGACUGUGUUGUACGCAAACAGGACCUGGGAAACUCUUCUGAAGGCCAAAUCAUCCGUUACGGAUAGCUCCAAUAACGGCACUUACACUGCCGACCUAUCCCGGUUUAUCAAUCGCAGUAAUUCUGUUUACGUCAAUAUUACGGAUGCCUUCCCUGCCGAUGGGUUUGGUCCUUCGGUCUACCGAGUCCAGGUCACAGCAGACAACCAGACCGUGGCCGACUUCCGACCUGGCGACGAGGCAGAGGACGCUUUUCUAUUUGACGAUGGCGGCUCUCACUUGGCCGACUACCCCGGAGGCUGGCGUUUUGCAGACGGCUCAGCCGCGAUGAUUCAUAAGUUCGACUAUCCCAGACGAGCCACUCAGUUGACGCUCACCUUGUCGAUGUGGAAUCAGUACCUGGUAUCCGCAUCGGCAGACAGGCCGGGGUACCAAAAGGUCAACUCGAUAUUUCGCGACUACAUUGUCGGCACCGCGGCUCCGUGUAUCUGGCUGGAUAGCAACAGGCCGCGGGAGGCGGCUCUGCUGGACAAGCUUCUGCGUCAGUUCCAGCCCAACGCAGCUUACCUUGGGUGGUUCCCCAACGGCGAUGAGAUGACUGGCGUCACGCAACUGGCCAAGAAUGGCAUAUACGUCGGUGCGGCGGACUUUUACUUCAACCCGACGUUGUUCGGCGGGUUCAGAUCGAAGGACCAAGCGGAACAGUCUACGCCAAAGGAACAACCAGCAGAUCAACCAACGGAACCAUCGAAAGACCCAUCAAAAGACCCUUCGAAAGAUCCGUCGAAGAGUCCACCAAAACAGCCUCCAUGGGGCAUUCCGCCACGAAAACUCCCCAAAGUCUUCCUGUCCCUAGUCUACCUCGAAGGCGACAACCUGCAAUACGACCAACGAGCCAUGUUCACCCACUGGAACGACCCGGAAAGGGGCUCCGUCCCUCUCGGCUGGACAAUCAGCCCCCUCCUUCGCGACAUCGGGCCCGGCAUCCUCUCGUACUACCAAAGAACUGCCACCAAGAACGACUUGCUCAUCGCCGGGCCCGACGGCGCAGGGUACACCUACCCGGGCGUCUGGCCGAAGAGGGCUCUGUCCGACUUCCUCGCCCAAAGCGGCGAGUACGUGCGGGAGACGCGGACUGAUAGCGUCUUGUUCGUGUACGAUCGCAUCAACGCUACCGACAACCCGUUGACUCCCGAGCUGACGCUCGCGUUUCAGAAUGCUGUGGGGAAGCAACGGCUUCGGGGGAUCCUGUACGGGUCGUUUGUCUCUACACUGGAGGCGCUGCAGGUAAAUGUUACCGAGGCGUUUCCAGUUACGAACAUGGUGAGCAUUGGGAACGAAGACAGCGGCGCUGCGACGUUGAAGAACAUCUCGGAUAGUUACAAGGGACGCGGUCCUCUUUUUGUAGCCGGGGCUGUGAGUGCCUUUGAUGUGACGCCGGCGAGUGUCAAUAGCAUGGUGAAGAAACUGGGCGACGACUUUGCGGUUGUCAGACCGGAUAUGUGGUUUGAUCUGCUGAGAAGGAGAGAAGGCCCCGGAUGGCCCGGCCCGGAGUGGCCUCGGCCUCCGUGA